UAGCCCCACCAGCGCACGUCUUAAGGAGGAGAGCAGGCCUGGAUUUCAGACCCCACUCAGCCUCUUAGACAGACCCCCUUGUGCAGCAUACAACCUCCCCAACCAUACAUGACAGCCCUCAGUGAAUGAAGAAAUUGCAUUCCCACUGACAUGUGUCACUCUGGCUUCAUCUAUGUGUGUGUUGACCCACAUUUCUCAAGGUGGGAUAAAGGCAGCCAUGUUCUACAGGUGGUGGUACCCACCAGGAGCCUGAGUUCAAAGCCCAGACCCACAGCUGGGAGGUAGGCAUUGUGAAGCUUGGAUACAUGAUUGGACCUCUUGGGACCUCUGCGUCUUCAUCUGAAAUGUGUGUGUGUGAGAGAGAGAGAGAGAGAGGAAGACCUGCCUUUCCCACUUUGUUCAGCAUUCAUCCAUGCAAUGAAUUUAUUGACUGAGCACCUACUGUGUACCAAGUACUUAUGUUGGGUGAUGUGGAUAUAAUGGUGAACAAGACAGACAAACCCAUCCUGCCUUUGUGGAGUUUAUAGUCUAGUGGGGGAAAACAGACAAUAAACUAACAGACAUAUAAUGUGUAAGGUAGAGACUGUUGUUGGCUACCAUCGAGUCAGCCCUCUACUCAAGGCAACCGCAUGCACAGAAGAAGGAAAUGUCCCAGUCCUGUGCCAACCCUAUGAUUGGUUGCAGAUGGAUCUGUUGUGAUCCAUAGGGUUUUCAUUGGCUAAUUUUCAGAAGUAGAUCCCUAGGCCUUUCUUCCUAGUUUGUCUUAGUCUGGAAGCACCACUGAAACCUGUCCAGUAUAGACACUUGGCACGUGGCAAUAAACACUUAUGGAGGGAGUAUUUGCUGAGCGAACACAUCCCGCACGCUGUGCUGUCCCCUGGGCUCUCUUGGAGUUGGGAUUUUUAAGAAUUCUUGUUUCCAAUCCGGAGGUGGUAAGUGAGGUUUACAGAGAGGCAAGAGCUUACCUGAGCUACACCAGUCCUGAGUCUCAGCCCACUUGAUUGUUGUGCCUGGAGUGGAGCUGAGACUUACCCCUUCCUUGAACCCUAGGUCAGACAACCUCCUCACUGCACCCCCAUCAUUGCUUUGUGUCCUGUCGGGGUGGGUGCGUCUGAGACCAGGCCUGACUGUUACCAUAAAAACAGCUGCGAUGAAACACCUCAUCCAGCCCUUGCCUCAUUUUCUCUUCUCCAUUGCCCCUUCUUAUCCCAUCUCCCUUUCCAAAAAGAAUAACAGCAGCAAACAUUGUCAUAUGUAGUACCUGCAAUAUGCCGGCAUUAUUCUAAGCUCUUUAAACAUAUUAACUCGUUUCAUCUUCUCAACCACACAGUGGUAACAAUAAUUAUGCCCAUUUUACAGAUGGGAAAGCUGAAGCACGGAGGGCCUAUCUGGUAAGAGCUGGUCCAGUGUGAGGCAGCUGGCACACGGUGGAGAUCGAAGAUGAACCACCGUGCUGUUCUGCCUCUUUAGCUGUGGCUGGAGGUUCUCACCUGACCAGGUAUGGUCAGGUUUAGACCUGACAAUUGUGGGGAGUGGUAUGGAUGUGUGUAUAGGACAGGGAGAUAAACAGAAAGACAGACAGACUUGAGAUCCCUAAGUAUCGGACCUGCAUAGAGAGAAACCAGUAUUUGGGGGACCAAGGACCACGUGGGUCUAAGCCAGUGUUUCUCACCUGCAGUCAGUUCUGCCUCCCAGGGGACUUUGGAGACAUUUUUAGUUGUCGCAUGGGGUGGUGCUGCUGACAUCCAGUAAGUAGAGCCUAGGGGUACUCCUCAACACCCUUCAAUGCACAGGACAGCCCCCACCACAGAGAAUGAUCCAGCCCCAAAUGUCAACCGUGUCUGGGUCUAUAAACUCAAAUUCCAUCUUUCUCUCUCCUCCCCUUCUCUGCCCCCUUCUCUUUAUUUCUCCUUCCUCAUCUCCUCGAUUCCUUUGGUCUCAUCCAUCCCACCUCUGUCUCCCCUCAUUUCCUGGUCUCCAUCAUCUCUUUCCAACCUCCUCUGCGGGAGCCGGCCCUCCCUGCCAUCUGCGGCCUCUCCCACCAAUCUACCCCCCCCAACAUCUGUUACCCGGACAUCUCCCCCACCUUCUCCUCUGCCUCCUUUCCUUCACCCUCCUCAUUUCCUUUCCCUCCAUCACUUCUUCUUCUCUGUCCAUCUCUCUCUUUCUCUUAUUUCUGCUCAUCCCCCUGAUGGCUCAUCCACCCGCCCAAACCGUAUUCCUCGUUCAUCGCUCGUUUGGGUCCUUUUCCCCUCUGCACACUAUAAUCGCUUCUGGGCAUCUUUCCGUGUCUCGCUCAUCAGGACUGUCAAGUUUGGGCCCCCCUGAACCCACCUCUCCUGUCUCCUCCGCGUUUCACUCCAUCGCUCCACCUGUCUACCCUUCCGUCUCUGGUCCUCUCCCCCGCCCCCUCUUCAGCCUCUUCCCUUGGUCCUCCUCGCAGCCUGGCGGCCCCGGCCAAGCCCCCGCCGAGCCCAUGCCGGCCCUCCUGCUGCUCGGGACCCUGCUGCUCCUGGCCUCGGCAGCCGGCCCGGCCGGAGCGCGCCCGUCCAACACGUCCAGCGCGGAGCCGGCGGGUCCACUACCCGCCUUGCUGGCGCACCUGCGGCGCCUGACUGGGGCGCUUACGGGCGGCGGGGGCGCAGCGGGUUCGGGGCCCAACAGCACCAGGAGCAGCCCCGCGGGCAGCGCGGGCGCUGCGGCGCGAGCGCCCCCUCCCGCCGAGCUCUGCCACGGCUACUACGAUGUCAUGGGCCAGUACGACGCCACCUUCAACUGCAGCACUGGCUCCUAUCGCUUCUGCUGCGGCACCUGCCACUACCGCUUCUGCUGCGAGCACCGCCACAUGCGCCUGGCGCAGGCCUCCUGUUCCAACUACGACACGCCGCGCUGGGCCACCACGCCACCGCCGCUAGCCGGAGGCGCCGGGGGCGCGGGGGGCGCGGGCGGGGGCCUCGGGCCUGGCCAGGCCGGGUGGCUGGAAGGAGGACGGGCGGGGGGCGCCGGGGGGCGGGGGGGCGAGGGCCCCGGGGGCAGCACGGCUUAUGUGGUGUGCGGGGUCAUCAGCUUCGCCCUGGCCGUGGGUGUCGGCGCCAAAGUGGCCUUCAGCAAGGCGUCGGGUGCGCCUAGGGCGCACCGCGAGAUCAACGUGCCCAGGGCUCUGGUGGACAUCCUGAGGCACCAGGCAGGGCCUGGGACUCGCCCGGACCGGGCCAGAAGCAGCUCCCUGACCCCGGGGGUCGGGGUUCCGGACAGCAUGGCGCCAAGGACGCCCAAGAACCUCUACAACACUGUAAAGCCCUCCAAUCUCGAUAACCUGCACCACAACUACCUGCACCUCAACGUCAACAGCCCCAAGCACCAUGCCGCCACACUGGACUGGCGAGCCGUGCCCCCGCCCAGCCCCUCCCUGCACUACUCCACGCUCUCUUGCUCCCGGUCCUUCCACAACCUCUCGCAUCUGCCCCCGUCCUACGAGGCCGCGGUGAAGUCAGAACUCAACCGCUACUCAUCCCUCAAGAGGCUGGCGGAGAAGGACCUGGACGAGGCUUACCUGAAGCGCCAACACCUGGCGGAGGUACCCCGAGGGACAUUGCCCCUGCACGCACUGCGGCGGCCCGGUACCGGGGGUGGCUACCGCAUGGACGGCUGGGGCGGCCCGGACGAGCUGAGCCUGGCGCCGGCGCCCAACCCACGGAGGGUCAUGUCCCAGGAACACCUGCUGGGCGACGGCGGCCGCGCCUCGCGCUACGAGUUCACGCUGCCGCGCGCGCGCCUAGUGUCACCGGAGCACCUGCUUCUGUCCUCGCCCGAAGCCCUGCGCCAGAGCCGCGAGCACCUGCUGUCACCGCCACGCAGCCCCGCUCUGCCCCCGGAGCCCACCGCCCGGGCCAGCCUGGCCGCCUCGCACUCCAAUCUGCUGCUGGGCCCAGGGGGGCCCCCUACGCCUCUGCACGGGCUGCCGCCUCCGGCGGGCCUGCACGCCCACCACCACCACGGCCUGCACGGCUCCCCACAGCCAGCCUGGAUGGCGGAUGCGGGCGGCGGCGGCGGCACACUGGCCCGCAGGCCGCCCUUCCAGCGCCAGGGCACCCUGGAGCAGUUGCAGUUCAUUCCCGGGCACCACCUGCCCCAACACCUGCGCACUGCCAGCAAGAACGAGGUGACUGUCUGAGGCGGAGGCCGGGGGCUCUGGGGGGUGUGGCCUCCCAGGCCCCCAGCCCGGCCAGGGCCCUCCAACACAGGCUCACACAUUCAGGAGCCUGGGACCCUCCCUCAUCAGCCACUGACCGAGGAGCUGCCUCUGAGGACAUUGCUUUGAUGGAAUUGUCACUGGAGAAGCUCCUGCAGAGAUGUCACUGCAGAGGAGAUCCCGUCUCCUAUUACAUAAUUUUUGAGGUUGGGCCUCCUUCCCAUGACAUCACAGAGAAAGCUGCCUGUCUUGAGGUCAUCACUAGAAAAAAUGUCUGCAUUCCAUGACGUCAUCACAAAGCCUUCCUUCCUGUGAUGUCAUGGCAGAGGCAAUGCCUUCCUCUGUGACAUCAUCACUAGAGACACAGAUUCCUUCCUGUGAUGUCGCUGCAGAGAGGAGCCUCACCCUAUGACAUCAUCUCUAGCCACAAGGCUUCUUUUCUGCAUCGUCAAUAUCACAGGGGAAAUAUUUUCUUCCUGUGUCUUCACGACAUAGAAGAUGCCUUUAUUCUAUGAUGUUAUCACUACAGACAAAGCCAUCUUCCGGUGACACAUCAGAAGGGAAAUGCUUUGCCUACUGUAUCUUCACUGGAGGUGAUGCCUCCUUUCCAUGACAUCGUCACAGGGACUCUGCCUUCUUCCUGUGAUGCCAUCAUCAGAGAAGGUGCCUUGUCCUAUGAUGUCAUCAAGGGACUGUGAUGUUAUCACCAGAGAUGGCAACCUGCUUAGGGGACAUCUCCAGGAUGAGGCCCCUUCUGCAAUGUCACCACCCGAUUCUACCCAUUCUGUGAUGACACCAUUAGACACUGAUCUCAUUGCUGUGAUGUCAUGAGGAGCCUGAGCAUGCCCAGAGUCUGUGAUUACCCUGGAAUGUCACUGGAGGCAAUGCCCUGCUCUGAGAUGUCAUCUGAGGGAUGUCAUCACAGAGGAGGCUGCCCCAUUCAGAGGGUCCUCUGCUAGACAUGAUGGUCUGUCUGUAGGUUGUUGGUAGUGGUGCCCCUCCCCCCAGGCUCUGCCUCAGUGUCAUCCUCAGAGCUUCCUCCCCAGAGACAAUGCCCAUUCUGGAAGGUCAUCCCUAGUGAUGGUAUCACCAGAGUUCCUGCCUUGUUCCACCAAGACUUAACUUGGUCUCUCCUUCCUCUGACCCCAGGAAUAUGCCCUACAGGAUCUCCUCAAGACACUGUGGAGGCAAUUUCUCCCUCUAAAGGGAGGUUGGGCCUUGGGUCCCACUCCUGUGCAGUAAUGCCAUUUCCUGCUGUGACUCCCAGAGGCCAGCAUUCCCAGACUGUCUGUUGCUUCCAAGGAGAUCACUCUGACCCACUAGCCUCCUUGAGUCCUAGCACUAGGAUUUGUGGGUGGACCAAAGGCUGGCAUCAUUUCUUUCUGCCAUAUCUAGAGACAUCAUCACCUCUAUCAACAAAGCCCUGGCCACCUGUUGGGGGCAUUUAGGAGGUAUCUCCUAUUGAUCUUGCUGAUGGCAUCAUGAGCACCACAAGACUACUAUUCAUGAUGAUAUUGCACCUGGGGUCAAAUACUAACCAUGGCUGAUAAUGACAUCAUUUUCCCAGGUUUCCCUAUGACCAAUGGUAUAUCUCCCAGGAUCCACCACAACUAUGGUAUCUUCCUCUUGCAGGAUUUAUCAUGACUAAUAUUGUCGUCAUCUCCCAAAGUUUCCCACAGCCAACAGUGUCACCAUCUUCCAUGAUGCCCCCAACCAUGGUAUUAUCUCCCAGGAACCUCUAUGAUUAAUGGUGUCAUAAUCUCCCAGGAUUCACCACAACCACUGUAUCAUCAUCUCCCAUGUUCCACCAUUACCUAUAGUGUCAUUGUGAUGUCAUUAACUUCCAGAAUUCAUUAUGGCAAAUGAUGACAUCUUCUACCAAGAUAUGCUAGGACCAUGAUGCCACCAUUUCCCAUAAUCCACAUAAUUGUGGUGUCAUCAUCUUGCAGGAUCCAUAUAACCAUGGUGUCAUCAUCUCCAGGAUCCACUUCAACUAUGGUGCCAUCAUCUCCAGGAUCCAUGAGAGUCAAUUGUGUCGUCAUUUCCCAGGAUCUACUUCAGCCAUGGUGUCAUUGUAUCACAAGAUCCAUGAGAACCAAUAGUGUCAACUCCUAGGAUCCAUGACAGCCAGUAAUGUCAUCAUCUUCCAGGAUCACUUCAAUCAUGAUAUCAUCACAUCCCAGGAUCCACUUCAAUUGUUAUGUCAUCAUUCCUCAGGAUUCAUGAGAGUCAAUGGGUCAUUAUCUCACAGGAUCCACUUCAGCCAUGGUGUCAUCGUCUCUAAGCUUCUAUGAGAGUUAAUGGUUUCAAUACCUCCCAGGAUCCAUUUCAACCGUGGUGUCAUCAUCUGCAAGAAUCCAUGAGAGCCAAUGGUGUCAUCAUCUCCCAGGAUCCACUUCAACCAUGGUAUCAUCACAUCCCAGGAUUCAUGAGAGCCAGUGGUGUCAUCAUCUCCCAGGAUCUACUUCAGUCAUGGUGUCAUCAUCUCCCAGCAUCCAUGAGAGUCAGUGAUGUCAUCAUCUCCCAGGAUCCACUUCAACCGUAGUCUCAUCAUCUCCCAAGAUCCAUGAGAGUCAAUGGUAUCCUCAUCUCCCGGAUCCACUUCAAUCAUGGUGUCAUUAUUUCUAAGGAUCCGUGAGAGCUAAUGGUGUCAUUGCCUCUCAGAAUCCUUUUCAACCAUAGUGUCAUUAUUUCUAAAGUUCCAUAAGAGUCAAUUGAUCAUCAUCUCCCAGGAUCCACUUCAACCAUGGUGUCAUCAUAUCUCAGGAUCCAUGGGAGUCCAUCGUGUAAUCAGUUCCCAGGAUCCACUUCAGCCAUAGUGUCAUUAUCUCCAGGGAUCCAGGAGACUCAAUGGCAUCAUUUCCCAGGAUCCACCACAACCAUGUGUCAUCAUCCUCCAGGAUCCAUCAACUUUAGUGGUCAGCCACUACUACAGCUGUGUUUCAAUUGUCUUCUGGAGUCACAUGGUACAAACAGUUGUUCCCUUAAGGGGAACCAGCACAGCACACCAUUUUUCCCAGCUCCCCAAAGUGGAGUAGGGUAGAACAGCUAGCUCCUUCUCUGAUGACACCAUCCCUACUCUGGCCCUUCUUGACGGUAUCGCCACCUCACACCUGACUUAGAUUGAUGCCUGGAUCAACCCCACCACAGACUUGGCCUUGGCCAACCUCCCAUCACCCCCUUUGUGGGAGGCAUCCAAGCCCCACCCAAUAACAUUACUGCCCCUCACCCAACCAUCUGAAAGGCGACAGGGUCAACACAGUGACCUCUUAUCACCACCAGAGUUGGGGCUAUCCAUCCCUCUGAUGGUGUCACUGCCCCUUGUCCAGUUCCUGCCAUCUGGACCCACUGGUUGGGGCCAAACUCUCUCCUCAGAGAUUCCUGACCCAUGUGGGAUGAGCUAUCAACUGAUGACCUCCUUGGGGCCUUCGCUGAUGUCUGCUGGCCUGGAUCUGAGGCAAGCACACCCUGAGAGUAACAGUCACUGCCAGAGCCAUUUACACGGGGUAUCUGCACUAAUCCAGAGAUGGUAGAAAAGUGUUCCCUUCAUCUCUCUCCCUAACACACUGGGGAGCCUCCAGGGGCUUGGGGGAUUCCCCAACUCCCAAUGCACAAUCGGCCCCCAACCUCUCUGUAUAUAGCCAUGUUGUGGGGGCGGCCAUUCCCCCACUCUUAAAGGGCUACAUGCUCCCCUCCCCCAGCCCCCAGGGCGAGGUGGGGGGGGCCUCUUCUUCCUCCCCUGGGCCGUCCUCUUCCCUCUUACACCUCCCCCCAAAUACUGGCACCUCAGCUCAUCCCCUCUUGCCAGGAGCCUGGAGCAGAUAACUGGCCUUUGGUUCCCACUACACUGAGUGAACUGGGGGAUUAUCCCGCAAUCUACCUGGGCUCUGAUGUCGGUUUUUCAACCCCGUGCUUAUAGCUGCUCUGAUGGGGUCCCCCAAUCCCUUCUAGGGCCUCCAGGCCCAGCGCCACUCAGGUGGACUGUGACUUCCCCAGAAAGGAGCUGACUUGAGCACCUGUGCACCCCCAGCCCUCCUCCCCUCUGCUCACCACCUCCACAAAAACUCAGCUUUCUCUAACCCCUCAGAAUUUGGGGGCACUGGGCCUUUCACCUUUUGUAUGCUCCCCUCAAAUUGCUCUCUCCAGGCCUGGAUUCCAGGUAUCUCACCCCCAUUCACUCUGCCACAGGCUGCCUGACCCUGGGGCCUUGCCCUCUUGUCUCAUAUAAGCCAUAGUGGAGAGAGGUCUCCAGUGGGUGAGGAAGCAGGGCAUGUCCUGCUAGCUCUGCCUCCAUGCUUCCAGAGCUGGGACCUUGCUAUCUGAGUCUUCCCCUCUCCCCCACUUCCCAACAAACACACACAGACACAUAUGUGCACACAUGUGCACAUGUACACACACACGUGUAUGGCUCCUCUCGGCUGGUGAGGGGCGGUGGGGGGUCAUGCAGAGAGAAGGAGAUAAACAGGUUCUGGACCAGAAGGCCCUCCACAGCUUCUGCCUCCUUCCUUAUCCCUCCCCCUCCACAUUCCUCAAAACUGGACCCUUCCCCCAGAUCCCCGGUGAGGACAGCAGCAGGGAGGAGCUCUAACUUGGUAUUUUUUUUUUGAAUAAACAGAUGUUUUCCUGA